AUGCCCAUGAAGAUGCUGACGGUGAUGGUGAUGGUGAAGACGCUGGCCCUGUGCUUGGUCCUUGCUAAGUCAGCCUGGUCGGAGGAGCAGGAGAAGGUGGUACAUGGAGGCCCCUGUUUGAAGAACUCCCACCCUUUCCAGGCUGCUCUCUACACCUCAGGACACUUGCUGUGUGGUGGGGUCCUCGUUGGCCCACAGUGGGUGCUGACAGCCGCCCACUGCAAAAGACCGAAUCUGGAGGUGCGCUUGGGAAAACACAAUCUACAGCAAAUAGAGACUUUUCAAAGACAAAUCUCUGCAGACAGGACUAUUGUCCAUCCCCACUACAACCCUGAAACCUAUGACAAUGACAUCAUGAUGGUGCACUUGAAAUAUCCAGUCAAAUUCUCUCAAAAAAUCCAGCCUCUGCCCUUGAAGAAAGACUGCUUUGAGGAGAAUCGCAACUGUCAAAUCCUGGGCUGGGGCAAGAUGGAAAACGGUGACUUCCCAGAUACCAUUCAGUGUGCUGAUGUCCAACUGGUGUCCCGAGGGGAGUGUGAGCAUGCCUACCCUGGCAGAAUCACACGAAGCAUGGUGUGCGCGGGCGACAAGAACAAGGGGAACGAUUCCUGUCAGGGUGAUUCUGGAGGCCCCCUGGUGUGUGGGGGUCGCCUCCGGGGGCUUGUGUCUUGGGGUGACAAGCCCUGUGGAUCAAAGGAGAAGCCAGGAGUUUACACAGAUGUCUGCACUCAUACCAGAUGGGUUCAAAGCGUCAUCAGAAACAAGCAGCUGUGA